GUCAGAGGUCACAGAUGGAUCCUCAGGAGCACAAAGCAGCGAGCAGAGCGAGAGGAAGGCGUGGAGGAAGAGCAGAUGGAGCCAGAACCAGGACAGGUGAUGGAGGUGGGUUUCAGGCAGCAGGAAGUCCAGCCUCAGGUGAAGAUGAAGCGGCGGGCGGGGUGUGGACGCUGCGUCCGCUGUCUCAGGAAGGACUGUGGACAGUGCGUCUACUGCCGGGACAUGAAGAAGCACGGGGGUCCGUCACGGCUCAAACAGAAGUGUCAGCUGAGGCGGUGUGAGAUCAUCAGGAAAAAUCUGAAAACAGAACCAGACCGCAUCCAGAUCCCAGAGAGGACAAUUACCACGGCAACGGAGACGGUGAGGCGGAGGAGGAGGGGCAGGCCCAGGAAAUGUGGAGAAAAACUGCUGAAGUUGAAACAUGAUGGAGUUCCUGUGACGAAGAAGGACAAGAAGCUGAAGAACAGAACCAGAACCGCAGACGAGAAGGAGGUGAAGAUGAGGAGAAAGAAGAGGAGGAGGAGGAGGAGACUAACGAGAGCAGACAGGAAGUCACCGAUCAGUUCGGAGUGGGAUGAACCCGUGGACGAUGAAGAGGAAGAGGAAGGGGCGGAGACACCUCAGUGUCCACUUCCUGUUGGACCCUCACCUCCUGUUGGACCCUCAGGACAGCUGACUCAGCUGCAGGUGAACCUGACUCCGGACGGCAGCCAUCUUGCUCAGGGCGUCCUCUCUGACUCCACCCUCACCUGCCUGCCAGGACUGCUGCCUCAGGUUUCCACAGGCCUAACCUUCAUCCCUCCUCCUCCUCCUCCUCCUCCUCCUGCUGUCGUCCAAUCAGUGCAGCCGAAGGAGGAGGAGGAGCCUGAGCAGAUCGACCUGUACUGGAAGGGCGGGACAGGUGGAUGGAAGGAGGAGGAGCCUGUGCAGAUUGACCUAUCGAGGAAGGGCGGGACAGGUGGAUGGAAGGAGGAGGAGGAGGUGUGUGGUGAAGGAGUGUCGGACAGAGGGAGGUUCUACGACUUGCUCGUGACGUUGCCGGACUUUGACGAGGACACUCGGAUGGUGCCCUCACCAAACAUGUCUGCUGAAUCUGAAGCUGAUGCAGCGUCUGAUGUCACCGGAGCUGUGGAAACUGCUGACAUCAUCAACACGCGCCCAGAGUUCCUCUCAUUGAACUCGUGGUCCUUCAGCCUCUUUGGAGGCGGGGCUUGUCGCAGCCUGACAGGUAGGCGGGGCUUGCUGUGUCUGCUGCAUGCACUGAGGAGGACGGUGCUGCCAGCCCACUGGGUGGUGGUCCUGGCUGACAGACCGGAGCUGCAGCUGCUGCAGUGCUCCAGG